UAUUGCUGUCAGUUGUCAUUCACUUAACCUUAAACAGAAAAUAGCCUUUUUAUGACUUGUGUAUUUGAAAAUUUCAUCUCUGUGCAUCAAAUAAAAAGUGACGUUUAGGUUUGUCACAAAAAAAUAUCACAUUUAGGAAUCUCAAGUAAACCAGUUUUUUUCAAAAACAGAAAUGGCCACUGCUAUGGAUGUUGAUGCCGAAGAAGUCGAAUUGCCUACAUCAAGUAGUUCCAAAGGUGAAAAGAAACGUUUCGAAGUGAAAAAGUGGAAUGCGGUAGCCUUAUGGGCAUGGGAUAUUGUGGUGGAUAAUUGUGCUAUCUGCAGGAAUCACAUAAUGGACUUGUGUAUUGAAUGUCAAGCAAAUCAGGCUUCUGCUACCAGCGAAGAAUGUACUGUGGCUUGGGGAGUAUGUAAUCACGCCUUUCACUUUCACUGCAUAUCUAGAUGGUUAAAAACAAGACAAGUAUGCCCUUUGGAUAAUAGAGAAUGGGAAUUUCAAAAGUAUGGACAUUAGGAUUAUAAUUUAUAAACAAUCAAUGAUUUGCGAAAAGAAAAUAUUUAUUAAUAAUUAUUAUAAUCAUCGAUUUCUUCAAUUAAACAAUUUUUGGUAGUUGUUUCUUUUGUGAUUACAGGGUGUAAUAUAAUGGGUAUAAGUUUUCAAAUUGAUUUUAUAAUAGCUCCUGUCAGUCUUUCAUCUCAGACUAUUUUCAUCCUAUCAUUGUAUAAAAGCAGGUGCUAUCUAUUGCAGAAUUAAUUACCCUUAACAUCUGCAAAGUUCUAAACAAAAUAAAAAUCUGUUGGGAUUAGAUGUGCCCUUUAUUUAUAUAUUGUAUCACAGCGUAUAUAAAGCAAAAAAGUACAGAUCAAAUUGUAUUUGUAAUAGAACAUAUAUUUUCGUUCUCAACGUAUUCAUAUGUACUACAUGAUAGAUUGUUGAUGGAUGUUUUGGAGAUGAUAUUAUAUUUAUUGGUUGUAGCUACGGAAUCAAUCAAGUAUAUAUGAAAAAUGUUUUGGUAUUAAUUAAAGAGAAUCUAGAUUUGAGUUUGUAUAAUUUUCACAAUCGAAUAACAAGAUCUGUAACAAAGAUCUUCAUUUUUGGUAAGAAUGAUAGAGGUUAGGUUAUGUGAAAAAAGUGUAUCAACAAUAGUUAUAGAUCCCAGUUCCUUUAAUGACUGUAUCCAUUUUAUUCUUGUUUUCACCUUAAAUUUUUUAAUGGUGUUUUCAUAAUUGAAGAUUUUUUUAGUAAUCAACCAUAUAAGGACAUAGAAGCUGGUUUCAGGGCCUGCAGAUCCACCGUUGACCACCUAUACUGUGUUACAUAAAUGAUUAUAAAAAACCGCAAUAGAACAAGAAAUACAUUUAUUAUAUGUGGAGAAGAAGGUUUAUGACAUUGUACCUGUUAGCCAAUAAACAAAUAUCACAAACAGGUUAAUAAAAGCAGUCCAACGAACUGUGGAAAUGCAAAAGGAUAAGAAUACCUCCCAGUGUAUAUACCACUAUACUAUAUAUACUUUGCUUUGCAGGAUCUAAUACCAGAGGAUCAUGAUAAUUUAAGUUACAUGACUCGAAGAUUACAGGAAAUGGAAUCUGGAAAUGAAUUUACAAAAAAAACUGAAUGUAUGUGUACCGGAACAACAGCAGAAGACAUCGACUUAAGAGGACGGGAUAGAAAUAAAACGCUGCAAGGAAUACAUGACACAGCAAUCAAAGAGAGAUAUACAGGACAAAAGACUAUGAUAAAUGGAAUAUUAUGGGAUAAAAUAAUAUCAAGAGGCAAAAAAUAUGGCAAAUUAUAACAUAUGGCAGUGAAAUGACGACAGAAAUGGAAAAGCGCUGGGUAAAUCUAGGGAGGACAGGAUAAGAAAUGACAGAAUAAGGGAGAUGAUGGGAUUUAGACACACAUUUAUCGGUGACAUCAAAAUCAAACAACUAGUCGGGUAUGAUCAUGUACAAAGAAUGUCAGACAGCAGUGUAAGAGAAGAGGAAGACUAGGAAGAAGCUGGAGAGAGAACUAAUAGAAUGGUAGGCUAGAGACAGAUGGCAGUUAGAGAUCUGAAGACAUCGAAGAACGUUGUAAACUGAUAUUUAUAUAUAAUCCACUUGUUUCUAUUUUCCCACCUCCUGUCAGAAUAAUUCCAAAUACGUGGUUACACUUUUUAAAGCACUGUUUAUAUUUUUUAUUUUUUUUGUAUUCGAUUCGAUUUUUGUUGUAUUUUAUUAGGAAUUUAUUGGAAAUAAAAUAUUGAAGUAGUAAAUACCAGAGAAUUGAAUAAGAUAUUUUUCGUUUGCAUCAAUUACAAAGUUUUCAUCAUGACUAUCUAUUUAUCUAAAAAAACAUUUUUCAUCUACACUGAUUUAAAAGGUAUACACAAAUGUUUUAUUGUCAAAAAGAUGGUACACUUAACGAGUUGAAGAACGAAUGAAAAACAUAUCCAUAAAUAUACAAUAGAAUUUUAAUAGUUUCAACAGUAACAUUGUUUCACUUAUCACAUAUUUUGGAAGUCAACACUUUUAAGGGUGUUAGAAGGAUGAUUCAGGAACAGGGUAAUUUAGAAUAAUCCAAUGUAUUCUGAGUAUGUAGGUGUUCUAUUUUUGUCUGACUAGAAUCGAUUUUUAAACUCUUCAAAUACCGUUUUGUUUUUGUAAUUAUUAUAAUCAGAUUAUUAAAUGUUAGAAAAUAUCAACCUAUUUAAGGGGGUAUUCUGAUCUAAAAGCCUAAAUUUUAGGGAUUUUUACUAUCCAUUUUUUUGUAUGAUGUAUAUUGACUUUUUAAAAAUAUAAAGAAAUCAGAAUUUCAAUAAAUUACAGCCCGGUAAAGUGUGGGCUACAAAAAAAACUGUUCACCCUGGUUGACUUGAUUCUAGCUCUCAUAUUGAUUGGAAUCAAAAAUUCUUAAUCUGUAAAGAUGUCGCUAUCGAAUUGACCUUAGCCAAAAAAAUCAUAAAAUGGCGUCAACAUAAAAUAUCAAUAUUUUGCCCCUUCCUUCUGACCUUUUCGAAUUUUUUAAAAUACCCCUAAUUAAAAUUUUUUAAAAUUCAAGGCAGACGCAAAGUAGAGAUACAGUAAACUCCCGGUUAUCCAAGUCUUGGUUAACCGAGCCUGUCCUCCAAAAAUAACAAACUUAAAUAAAGGUAUUAAUAGCGAGACAUCUAUGGGGAGCCGCGAUGGAUAUUUGUUUGGACUGUAAAAGCGCUUGUAGACGUCCACUUUUUUCACCAGACAACGGACCGUCAAUAAACGGCUAUCCUUGUAUACAUAUAUUUUUUUACCGGAUGUUACCAGUGACUGUCGUAUUACAUGCGCUAGUUAAUAGUUUUGAACUGAUAGUCAGAGAUUACGCACGUGUGAAAUGAAUAAUAAGAAAAAAAAAUACAUGAGAAGCCGAAUUGCAUUAAUUGUGGAAUCCACUCCAACAGAUUUUUAUGUACAUUUAACAAAAUUCAUUGGAAUAUUCUUUAAUUAAAAAGCGUGAAGUUGAAAUCACUACUUUGAUAUGAAUCAACUAUGUUUACAAAGUUAUAGAUAUACUUAUCGAAAUGCGCAUUAUUGACAUUACUCAGCAAUUAUAUAAAAAUAUGUAAUAUGUUCAUAAAUACUCUGUAUAUGAGUGAAAUUUGAAUAUAUAUAGGGUAUAUCAGAAAUAAUUGCUAAAAAGAUAAGUACCUACCUAUCUCCAUUAUUAAUAAUACUUUUUAUAAAGCUUUUGGUAUUAGAAACUUCAAACUUCAUUUUUGCUCUUCAUCAUUUUAAAGUUUAACCGUUUAUUGUUGAUAUUCAUGCAGUCUUAUAACUAUUAUUCUGUAUUUUACUCUAACAUAUUUAUUAGAAAGCUUUAUAAUAGGUACUCAUAUUAUUCAAUAUCUUACUCAAUAUGCACUUCAGGUCUGUUAUAUUCUUUCACUAUAGUUUCUAAUUUUUUGAAAUUUAGAACUGUUUCUCCCCUCGUCUUACAGUUCCAGGGCUUUAAUGGACUCAUGGACGUCAGCUCCAAAGAGAUCAUAUCUGUGUUCCUACAGGUUUCAUAUCUUAUCUAAGUAUCCCAUGUGUAUGCUUGCAAUGGCAAGGUAAUCCCAGCUUAGGGAUACAUUGCACUGAAGCCUCACACUUUAUUGUACUUUUAUCUCUUGCAACAUCUAUUUCAACUCUCCUUCCAGUUCCCGAGUUCUAAAGAACUUCUGUUUUUACAUUACCUUCUAGGACGUCACAUUUUCGUUCCUACAGGUUUCUUAUCUAAAGUGUGCCAUCUAUAUACUUGCAAUGACAAGGUAUUCGUAGCUUAGUGGUUACAUUGCACUGCAAUCUCAAGGUUUAUUGUGCCCUCUAUCGCUUUCAACAUCUACUUCAACCCUCCUUCCAGUUCCAAUGAAAUGAAGUAUCCCUAUUACUUCCAAGAGGUUACAUUUUCGUUCCUACAGGUUUCUUAUGUGAAAGUAUGCCAUUUGGCCAGGUAUUCCUAGCCGAGGGGUUAAAUUUCACUGAAAUCUGAAGGUUUAUUGUACUCCUAUCGCAUUCAACAUCUACUUCAACUCUCCUUCAAGUACCAGAGUUCUCAUGAACUCCAGUUUCUACAUUAGGCUCCAGGUGGUCACAUUUUUGUUCCUACAGGUUUCUUAUCUGAUGUAUCCCAUGUGUAUGUUUGCAACGGCAAGGUAUACCUAGCUUAGGGGUCCAAUUGCACUGAAAUCUCAAGAUUUAUUAUAGCCCUAUUGCUUUCAACAUUUAUUUCAACUUUUCUUCCAGUUCCAAGGUUCUAAUGAACUCCAGUAUCUACGUUAGCUUCAGGGAGGUUACUACAAGUAUCUUAUCUGAAGUCUGCCAUGUGUAUGCUUGCAAUGGUAAGGUAUUCGUCGUUCAUGGGUUACAUUGUACUAAAACCUCAAUGUUUAUUGUACCCUAUCGCUUUCAACAUCUACUUCAACUCUCCUUUCAGUUCUAUGGUUUUAAUGAACUCCAGUAUCUUCGUUAGCUUCAAGGAGGUCAUAUCUUCGUUCCUUCAUGUUUCUUACCCGCAUUAGCAUUGGCGAGGUGUUCUAGAACUAAGUAACCUCGAACCCCUCAGAUUCUAAACUCGUCAGUUUUCUUUGAAACUAGUCUCAUCAGGUGCUUCCUGUGGCGGUAGUGACUAGUAGGAACGGUAUAGCUUGGUUUCAGUGACUGCUUGAAAGAAGAUAUUGGAGAGAAAAGAGUGAGAUGUAUUGCCGGGUAAGAUAACAGCGUUGACUGUCUGUGAAGUUACAAAAGUUCAUAUUUGGUGUAAAUAAAGAUUACUUUUAAAUA